AUGUCGCAACAUGGAAAUCCCUCGGAUAACAUCGACAUCGAAAAGAUGGACAGGCCAAGCUCUUUGGAUAUCUCGAUAGAUCCUCGUGUCGAACAGAAUGGCAUGUCACGGCUCUCUAUGUCCGGUGGUGGAAACCUGUCACUUGCCGAUGUCCAGGCUGUUCACGUUCAAAUCCAUGACUUGGCGGUCUCAGUCGAUACGGCUCCAUCAUGGCUUGCACCUUCGACAUAUGGCGAUCUGGUCUCGUCAAAAUUCAACACUGCGCCAAAAAUGAAGCCGCUUCUUCAUUCUGUAAGCGCUAAUCUUCCACCAGGAACUUUGACGGCUAUCAUUGGAGGAAGUGGAUCUGGAAAGACGACACUACUCAACACCGUGGCUGAGAGAGUAUUGAGUUCCAGGUUGAGUCAAAGGGGUAUCGCUACUUUCAAUGGCAAAGUUGGAGUGCAUAGUGUCCGCCAUGCCUAUGUUAUGCAGCAAGAUAUCCUACUUCCAACACUCACCGUUAGAGAAACCCUUCGAUACUCAGCCGACUUGCGAUUACCACCAUCAACUACUUCCCAAGAACGACAAAGGAUUGUCGAAGAGGUCAUUCUCGAACUUGGUCUCAAAGAAUGUGCCGACACGAGGAUCGGAAACUCUCAGCAUCAUGGAUGUUCAGGUGGCGAGAAGCGACGCACCAGCAUUGGCGUUCAACUACUAGCUAACCCUUCUGUUCUCUUCCUCGAUGAACCUACCACCGGCCUUGACGCGACAAGCGCCUAUCAGCUUGUUCGAACACUGAAGACACUUGCGCAAAAAGGGCGAACCAUCAUUACGACAAUCCAUCAACCUCGAUCUGAAAUCUGGGAUUUGUUCGACAACUUGAUUGUUCUUACCAAGGGUAGCCCUGUCUACUCAGGUACAAUCAAGGACUCUGUUCCAUGGUUUGGAGAAUUGGGAUAUCAGCUCCCACCUUUUGUCAACCCCGCCGAGUUCAUCAUCGAUAUUGCAGCUGUCGAUAAUCGUACGCCCGAGCUGGAACAGGAAACCACGGCCAAGGUUGAGCAUUUAAAGAUUGCUUGGAAUCAGGAGACUUUGAAGCGAUAUCCUCACCCAGACAAGACUAUUGACAUCGGCGAUGGAAAGAAAAAGAGGGAUAAGAAGACGAAAGAACAUGCGGGCUUUCUACGGCAGGUUACAGUCCUUACCGAUCGUACACUCAAAGUGACGUAUCGCGAUCCCCUCGGUAUGGCAUCUUCCAUCACAGAAGCUGUUUUCAUGGGUCUCGUAACGGGCUACAUGUUCUACAAUCUCGGUCGCGAUCAAGCCGGUAUUCGAUCUCGACAGGGUGGUCUCUAUACAGCAGCUGGUCUUCAGGGUUACCUCAUCCUCAUCUUCGAAGUCUACCGCAUGACAUUCGAUAUCCCAACCUUUGACCGUGAGAACUCGGAAGGAUGCGUCGACGCCCUCCCCUUUGUUCUUUCGCGCCGAAUCGCUCGGAUGAUCACCGAAGAUGUCGCAGCACCAUUCCUCUUCUCCGUUCUCUUUUUCUUUAUGGCUGGUUUCGAGCGAGAUGUGGAACGGUUCUUCACAUUCUUCGCCAUCACACUUCUCAACCAAUAUAUUGCUGUUACUUGUGCCAUGGUUUGCGUGGCAACAGUCAGGCAUUUCGCUGGCGCGAGUGUGAUUGCCAAUCUCAUCUUUACACUGCAAAGUAUGGCCUGCGGCAUGUUUAUCAACGUCAACAGUCUUCCUGUUUACGUUCGUUGGUUGAAGUGGCUUACUUACACGUUCUACGUCUUUAGUGCGUACUGCGGUAACGAAUUUGAAGGGAGCUUUUACGACUGUCCCGCCUCGAAUGAUGAGUCUGACCCAAGAUGCAAGCAGUAUACGGGAUCAUAUAUCAUGGAAUCUCUCGGCUUUCCAAAGGAUUGGGUCGCCAAGCCAAUUCUCGUCUGCCUGGCUUUUGUCGUGUUCUUUUUCGUGCUGUCGAUUAUUGGACUACGUAUCAUCAAGGUCGAGAUGACGAUUGCUCGAGCUCGUGUUUCGGACACUGAUCUAUCGGCUGGUAAGGAGAAGAUGACUGCGCGCUCUGUUGCUGAUGUGCGUACUAUCGAUUUGGAACUGAACGAAUUUUCGUUGGCUUUGGAUAAAAGAACGCAGUUGGGCAAGAAGUUGCCGACAAAGACUAUUUUGAACCCAGUGAAUGCGACCUUCAGUGCCGGAGUGUUGAACGUCAUCAUGGGACCUUCGGGAAGUGGAAAGACAUCGCUCCUCAACGCCAUGGCUCUUCGACUACGCGAUUCUGUCGGGACAAAGUAUCGACCAGCGGGAAAACUCACCUUCAACGGGGCUCGUCCUUCGGAUUCGGUCAUCCGAUCAGUGUGCUCUUAUGUCUGCCAAGAUGACGAUGCGUUAUUGCCGUCUCUUACUGUCCGUGAGACUCUUCGCUUUGCAGCUGGACUCCGCCUCCCAUCGUUCAUGGGUAAAGAUGAAAAGAACCGUCGAGCAGAAGAAGUUCUCCUCAAGAUGGGUCUAAAGGACUGUGCCGAUAACCUCGUUGGCGGUGAACUCAUCAAGGGUAUUUCUGGAGGAGAAAAGCGCCGUGUAUCCAUUGCAGUUCAGGUAUUGACCGACCCUCGUAUUCUUCUCCUCGACGAACCAACAUCAGGACUCGAUGCAUUCACCGCAAACUCCAUCAUGGAAGUCCUCCAGGGUCUCGCCAAUGAAGGCCGAACCCUCAUUCUCACAAUCCACCAAGCUCGAUCUGAUCUUUUUAGGGAAUUUGGAAACGUGUUGCUUUUGGCACGUGGUAGUUCGCAGGUUUACUCUGGCCCUGGAAGAGACAUGCUUGGAUACUUGGCGCGUCAUGGGUACGAGUGUCCUCAGCACACCAACCCUGCGGAUUUCGCCUUGGAUAUGAUCACGAUUGAUUUGCAGCAGGAAGGGAAAGAGCUCGAGUCUCGUAAACGGGUUCAGAGUAUGAUUGAUAAUUGGAAAGCCGAAAGUGCAUCGACCAAAGGCCAGAAACUCUCUGAUAUCCAAGAGAAGGAUGAGGUUCAGAAUACGGACUCUGCAGAUCAAACACAGACUACGCAGGAGGGCGCGACUCUUCCGCCCUCACCACCGCAAAAGCGUCGAUCUUUUAACAAAGCCAACCUCUCGACGCCCGCCGAACUAGGCGCCCUCAUCCGUAAACGCGCCCCUAUGACUACCGCACUUCCUCUCCUUCUCCAUCGUGCUCUCAUCAACACUUACCGUCAACCAGAGCUCAUCGUCGCUCGUCUCAUGCAAGUUAUCGGUCUUGCUCUCAUCCUGGCCCUCUUCUUCGCUCCCUUUGACAACGACUACUACUCUGUCCAGAGCCGAAUGGGUUUUGUUCAGGAAAUCGGCGCGUUCUACUUUGUCGGCAUGUUGCAAAAUACAGCCAUCUACCCCAGCGAGCGCGAUGUGUUUUACCGAGAAGACGACGACGGCGUCUAUAGCGUCAAUGCUUUUCUCGCUUCCUACACCAUCCUCGAGGUCCCCUUUGAGGUGAUAAGCUGUAUGAUAUUCGGUGUUCUGGGCGUCAUCGCGGUAGACCUCCCUCGCACGGCAACGCUCUACUUCACAUCCGUCUUUGCGUGCUUCGGCAUCGUAUCCUGCGGCGAGAGUCUCGGUAUCAUGUUCAACACGCUCUUUGGUCACACUGGUUUCGCCGUCAACAUAAUGGGCGUGUUCCUGGCUCUUGCUAAUACCAUGGCUGGCGUGCUCUCCAUUGACAUGCCCGAGCUGUUCAAGGCCUUCAACUACCUCUCGCCCAUCCGGUACGGCACACGCGCUGUGGCGCCGUAUUCCCUGCGUGGUAUCGAGUUUACAUGCAAUGACGAUCAGAGACUUGAGAACGGGAACUGUCCGAUCCAGACCGGCGAAGAGGUUCUGGAGUUGUACAACUUUGACGUCGAUCCUGUCAUCAACAUUGCGUGUUUGGCGGCUUGUGUAGUGGUGUAUAGGCUUUUGGCUUGGGGACUGUUGAAGAUUGCGAGAACGCAUUGGAAGGGGAAGAAGAAGGAUAAGCAGGACAGAAAUGAGGCAUAA